CCCCCCCACACACACACAUCAUGGAAGACCCGCGAGCCGAGGUGAGUGCCGUCGUCACGGCGCUGAUCGAAGCGCCGAACGCCGCCGCGCAGCGUGACACGCUGCAGUCCUUCUUUACACCAGACGCAUCGUUCGACCACCCGCUGUGUGCCGUGCGCGCAUCGCCCAACUCGCGCGACAGCGGCCUCCUGCCCAUUUACCAGUGGCUCAAGAUCAUGUUCGACUCGUCCAUCGUCGUCAAUAGCGUCGGCUUCGACGAGCACCGCGGCGAUAGGCUCUACGUCGACGCGAGCCAGACGCUCAAGCCGAGGGUCUGGCCCCUGAGCAGCAUCUACGCACCGGUCGCGAGACUCGUCGUGGUGCUGCACCUAACGCAAGCACCCGACGGCAAGUACUACAUAAAGCGGCAGGAGGACCUAUACCAAUGGCAGGAGUUGCCCGGCAAAGUCAACCCGCUGCUACCCUGGGCCAUCGACACGGUCAAACUCGUUGCUGGCUUCAACUGCGCCAUGCUUGCCAAGGUCUUCCAGCUGCUCGGCAUCUGGGCCGUCCGAGAGGGAGGUGCACAGGCCAAGGCGCCCAAAUGCAGGUGAUCACGUCCUUAUGUUCAUCAACUAAUGCGAUCUCCAUAUUCCUCCUCACCGCUACGGUGCCAUCUGCGCCACGGCCUCAUGCGAAUAUUACGUCUCAGCCAAAUUGUAUAGCUUCGUUGCGGCAAUAUAUUUCUGUAAGUUUCUCCAUUCUCAC